AUGCCCGAACCCGCUAAUUCGCCCUUUGGGCGGAAUUGGGACAUAUCAGCGUCGAUAGGAACGUCCAACGCGUCGACAGUCCUCAGCGAUGACGACUUGGAUUCACUCGCGCUGGCCAGCGAGCUCGAGGACGGAAUGUGGGAUGAUAGCGACGGAGAUAACGACUCUUCGUUGCCACAUCCACUGGAGAGAAGCGUCGAUGACUAUCGCCAGAGCAUAGCGGGAGCAGGAGCUAUGGAACAUGAACUAGAGGCGGCAAGCUCAUCCCGCAUCAGCGAGGGAGCAGCGCCAGAUUUGACACUAUCUGAUGUCGCUGCUUCAGAGGAUACAGCCUCCACUUCCACGUUCAGCUUUCAUUUCCCUGAUCCAUUGCGAGCGCAACCAGAGGAGCAUCCUCGAUACAACGUCCCGCACGACGAUGUCGACUCCCUCAUAAGUCGUGACUCAGUGCGGGACUUCGGUACCGACUUUGCGGCUACCGUUGACGCCCUAGAACGCUCAGCGACGUUGAAACCUCCACCUUCAGACCCUCCGCUUGCCACACAUUCUCAUAGGCGCACAUGGGUCGCAAUCUUCAUCGCCGUCCUUGGUCUGCUUGCUGUAGCAGCUUUGAACCUGCACCCUUCAUCCAUAUUGGUCCGUGAUCAUGGAGUAUCAGAGUCAUUUCUUUCCAAAGACUCGGUUCCGUACAUGCCACCAGCAGCACCUGUCGACGUUUCUCAGGACGCUGAUGAGCCAGCGAGGCCCGUAACCCUAGACACAUCACCCAGAUCGCAUUUCCCAAUCACAGCACUGCCUGUGGAGACGCGAGUGAUCCUGCACACGAACCGUACAGUGAUCAUGUCGCUCUCCCUACGACCCAUCUCUCGCGUCAUGGGCACACUCACACACACGUAUUCGACAUUUACCAAGGCGUUUCUCAACGACCUUCGCAACGUUGCGCGGAUCAUUGAAGAGUUGCUGCUCUACCUCCGCGAGACGAUGGUCAUCGAGACUGCGCAAAGGCAAUCGAAAUCUAUACUGGAGUAUCUGGCUGAGAAGAUGGGUGACCGUCACCAACGCGCGAAGCGCAAUGCGAAAGCUCUGACGGCCAAAGGCGUCGACUUUGUCAAAGGGAUCAGCGAUGCAGUCAAAGCGAUGGGCACAUAG